AGUCUGAGAACUGAGACAAGACAUCGACAUGUCAUUCGCAGGAGAGCUCGACCUGGCGAAGUUUGUUUUUUUCAAAAGCUUACCUAGCUCCAUCGGGUCGUCAUCAGACCUCAGGAACAGGAAGCUAGAUUUUAAAAAGUACAAAGAUACUGUGCACCGACCAUGGAUCGUCUGUCUUUCGGCCGUCCUUUACUCUCGACGACAUCCUUCAUUUCGGCGUCAGAAUGCUGCUCCAAUCCACCACCGUCCUAGCGUUUCUGACGGCUCUGGCAGCCUCAUCGCCAUACGCCCCCAAUGUUCGGCACCGUCGGCAAUCCUCCAACUCAUCCUCUUCUACUAAUUCUACUCUGAUCACAGAUCUGAGUAUCAUCCAGUCGUAUUGGGGUCAGAUCACACCUUAUGCCGAUAAUGCAGAGAACUAUUUUGGUGUGAAUGCCACAGGGCUACCAAACGGAUGCCAGGUCGAACAGGCGCAUCUGCUUCAACGUCAUGGUGCUCGUUUCCCAACCAGCAGCUUCGAUGACGGAGUCAACGACGAAAACUUCGCCGCCAAAGUCUACAAUUUUAGCAAGACCGUCAAUUCCUCCGCCCAGUUCACAGGACCACUCACCUUCUUGAACACCUACCAGUAUCAGAUGGGAGAGAGCUAUCUGGUCGGAAAAGGUGCGUCGCAAUUGUUCCAAGCCGGAGUUACAUUCUGGGAACGAUAUGGUCGCACUUUGUACAAUGCCACUCCCGGACAAGUGGCGUACAACGCAACCUACUCGAAUGGCACCGCCAGACCCAAGCCUGUGCUGCGAACCACCAGCCAGUCGCGAAUGGAGAACACUGAAAUCAAUUGGGCUCUUGGGUUCUUUGGUCCAUCGUUCUUGACUACACCAAACCCUACCUUGGCGAACGCGACCAGCCCUUUCAACGUGGUUAUCAUCCCAGAAGGUGGCACCGAAAACAACACCCUUGCCUCGUAUGACAGCUGCUUGAACGAUAACAACGACCCCGAAGGCUAUCUGGGAGAUCAUGACUUGCUCUCCGAGUAUGUGCCACUUUACCUUGCUAGUGCUACCCAGCGGAUGGCUCAAUACGUGCCUUCGGGAUUCAACUGGACCGUCAAUGACACAUAUGCUAUGCAGAGCAUCUGUGCGUACGAGUACAACUUCCUAGGACGUUCGGACUUCUGCACUCUGUUCACUGAGGAGGAGUGGCAAGGCUUCGAAAACACACUCGACAUCGAAUACUACUACGACUACUCAUACGGCAACCCAACUGGUCGAGCUCAAGGUAUCGGCUAUCUUCAAGAACUGCUGGCAAGGCUGCAAAACGAAUAUAUCACUGUCUCCAACUCCAGCGUCAACAGCAGUUUGACCAAUAACUCGGCAGACUUCCCGCUCAAUCAGCCAUUCUACGCCGACCUCACACACGACGACAUCAUCAUCUCUGUCCUGACUGCUGCUUCUCUCGACUAUCUCCGAGACCCACCCAGCUUGACUCAAUACCCACCGGAUCCCAAACGCCACUUCAUCCUCUCACACUUGACACCAUUUGCCGGUCGUCUGGUCACGGAAGUGAUUGGGUGCGGCUCUUCCAGCCCGCCUGUGCAGAGCUCGAGCCGCACGCUGUACUAUCCUGGGCAAUACGGCUACAAGGCUAGCAAUGCCACUUACAAGUUCAUCCGUAUGCGAUUGAACAACGGUAUUUUACCCUUGUCGACCAUCCGUGGAGGAUACUGUGGUAGCCGAGCUGAUGGCAUGUGCCCGCUGAGUGCGUUCAUUGAGAGUCAGCAAUCGGCUUAUGCCCAGAGCAACUACGACUAUGUUUGCUUCGCCAACUACACCGUGUCCUUCCCUAACAACGGCACUGACUACGAUGGCACCCUCUUCAGUGGCUCUGCUGCACGUCGAUUCUAAUCGACUCGACUUUCCGAUUGAUCCUCGGUCAUGAAGAACCACAUGUAUAUAGCAGGGGCUCGACAGUGUCAGCACACUCGUCACAAGCAUAGAAAAUGGUAAUGAUAAUUAAGAGUGCCUCCCAACUA